AAGCCGUUCUUCACGUCCCCUCAUCCUUCAACUCACAGUCGGCAAGACUUGUUGUCUUGCUGAAAAAAGAGCACGAGACGUUCUGGGAUAUGGUACUUGAGGUGUUGAAGCCCAUGGUUCCAGCCGACCAGUUUGGUAGCACCGAAGCCAAGGUGAAGGGAUUCAGAGCAGCUUAUGGAUCGAUCCUCUUCUUCGAAGAUCCAGAACCUGUACAAGCUCUCCAGAAAGCCUUCCCUCUCUACGCCCACCACUUCCCUGACUGGUCCGAGCACACCUCCGCCAUGCACCAAUUUGCCCUAUGGGUAGCACUUGAGGCCGAAGGAUUUGGCGCAAACUUGCAGCACUACAACCCCGUCAUUGAUCGCAAGGCCAUGGAGCACUGGAAGGUGCCGUUGGACUGGAAGCUUAGGGCUCAGCUAGUAUUUGGGGGGCGUGCGGGAGAGCCUAUGGAGAAGUCGUUUAAGCCUGUGGAAGGAGAGAGGCUGUUUGUUUAUGGUGCGGAUGCGUGAUGGAGGCGGGAAUUGAAUUGAAUAGAAAUUCUAGCAUUUAUUCUUUUUCUUUUAUGCAUGGCGUUUGAAUAGGUUGCCUCACGUCGCUACAAUACAGCCGAUGUCUGACAACGAGUGAGGAAAUAGUGCCCUUUCAAACAGCAAGUUAGGGUAAUCCGCAAAGACAAUCAGUGACGAAUGUUGCUGUGAUGGGAAGGGAGAAAUUAUUUCCAAUCAUCUGAAGUUAAUUAAAUGCUUGCCGGCCAACAAACGACCAUUGCCCUGUCUCAGUUACAAGAUGGAGCACUGCCGCGUUUUCGUCACCCUUUAUUCUUGUAUAUCUCUUCAUCCAAGAACAUGCUAUUAUAUACUCGCUCCCUCAGUCCAUAGCUAAACCAAG